AGGAGGGAGUCGGACGUAUCGCCAUCGCCACCCGCCCGCUCACGCCGCCGCGAGCGUCGAUUCGUAAGCCGAGACGCGACGCCGCGGCCGCAGUAGCCGAUCGGGAGUGGCUCAGGGGAGUACAACAACACUUGGCGCAAGGGCCUCGGAGGCGACGCGUUGACGGCGUCCUGGUUGCCCUCCAGUGACGAAGUACCCUCCGCGAGGUGGAGGACGAUGGAACCUCGCGGGCCAACGGAGAUCCUUGCAUGGACGACGCUGUCAUAGCGCGGGCCGCGCGGCUCCGGCGAUGACGUCACCCUGACGACGCCCCGCCGCGCCGCUACGCGCCGCUACUCCUCGCCACGCUCUCGGACGUCUCGAACGACGCCCCGCUGCAGAUGGACGGCCGCGCACGACCCGACCACGAUGUCGGCGAGCACACGCCCAUGGUGGACCUGCCGCCGGCGCUGCCGCCUCGGGGAGCGCCCAGGAUCGUCAAGAACGACAAGGACCGGCCGCUGUCUGGGGAGGUGCGCCUGCCCACCAGGAUCCACUACGCCACGAGGCAGGGGAUGCGCGCGCAGUGGCUGGUGGCCGGAGCGCUGGUCAUCCUCUCCGUGGGCGGCGGCUGCCCGAUCGGCUUCUCCGGCGUGCUGGUGCCCCAGCUGCAGAGCCCAAACUCCACACUACAGACGGACGACGAAACGGCGUCAUGGAUCGUGAGCAUGCACUCCGCGUCCACGCCGGUGGGCACCAUCCUGUCGGGGCCGCUGAUGGACCGGCUGGGCCGCAACCGGGCGCUGCAGGUGGCCACGCCCUUCAUGGUGGCGGGCUGGACCAUGCUGGGCUUCGCGCAGAACCACGCCAUGGUGCUUGUGGCGCGCGCGCUCUGCGGCGCCGCCGUCGGCAUGAUGGCCGCGCCCAGCCAGGUCUUCCUGGGCGAGAUGUCCGAGCCGCGCAUGCGCGGCAUCCUGGUCGGCGUCCCCUUCGUGUCCUACUCGAUCGGCAUCCUCUACGUGUUCCUGAUCGGCUCGUUGAUCUCGUGGCGCUACAUGUGCGCCGUGGCCGCCUCGCCCAUCGUCGUGGCCGCGGUCUGCCUCUACUUCCUGCCCGAGAGCCCCGUGUGGCUGGUGCGCCAGGGUCGGCUGGAGCAGGCGCAGCGCACCCUGGACUGGCUGCGAGGAGGUGCGGGCAGCGUGCAGAGCAAGGUUGAGAUGGACCAGCUGGUUUCGCGCGCCGACGCCGAGAAAGCGGAGAACGCUGUCAAGAAGAGGAGCUUGUGGGGCAUGUUCACGCAGCCUCACGUCGUCAAGCCCAUGGUCAUCAUGAACGUGUAUUGUUUGCUGCAGGGCCUGUCGGGAACAUUCAUCGUCAUCUUCUACGCGGUCGACCUGCUGGACACGGUGCUGCCCGCCACGAUGAGUGCCGAGCUCGUCGCGAUCCUGACGGCCGCCGUCCGCCUCGUCAUGAGCGCCACGGGCUGCGCCGUGCUUCAGAAGUGCGGGCGGCGCCCCGUGGCCUUGGCGUCCGCCAUGGGAGUGUCCGCCACCGCAGCGCUGCUUGGCUUCGUGCUGUACUUUGACUGGGCCGAUUCGGGGGGCUAUGUGGCCUCCUCGCUGGCCCUGCUGUACGUGGCGCUCAACUCGUUCGGCAUGUUCAUCAUGCCGGGCAUGAUGAUGAGCGAGCUGCUGCCCACCAGCGUGCGCGGAGUGGCCAGCUCCGCCACGACCUGCCUCUUCAACUUGAGCCUCUUCGCUUUCGCCAAGGCCUACCCAGCACUCAAGGUGCUGCUGGGCAGCGCGGGCUUCUUUUGGCUCUUCAGCUCCGCCGCCCUGCUCAACCUGGUGUGGACGUACCUGCUGGUGCCAGAGACCAGCGGCCGCUCGCUCAACGACAUUGAAGACUACUUCCGGGCUGGGGUCUGGCUGUGGGGUCGACGACCACGGCGGCGGCCUAUAUCGACGCUGGUCGACGGCUGAGUCUCGGCCGGGCCGAGGCAGGCUCGAGACGCCAAGAUCUCGGAGAAACUGUUCUCCCUCACUUGCGAAGGUGUUAGCCAAGGUGACAGCUCGUCCAGAACGUGUUUUCUAGUCGUCCUCUCGGACAACUCGCGGUUUGAGUCUCAGCGCCACCACAUGCUUUUACAAAUCCACCACCCCCUGCUCCAUUCCUUUUCCACUUACUGAUAUUACUAAAGAACUAUAGUAACUAUAGAACUAUAGUUAUAGUAAGGUGUACCGGGUGAUUCAGAAAAGACGCAGGUGCGGGCGGGUUUGCCUACCCGCUCUGCCCUUAAGGCGCCAUUACCCCUUGGGUAGGCAAACCCGAUCGCACCUGCGUCUGCUCUGAAUCACCCGGUACGAGGAAGGGUACAGCACAACAAACAUUUAGUAUUCACAUUCAACAAAGUGACCCAUAGGACAGAAAUUUGUCUCAUUGACAUCAAUUGACAUUACUGGUCAAAAUUUAGUCAACUUGACUAUGAGAAAUCACAUCAAGAGGACGUAAAUUUAUGAUUUCAUAAUGUCUUUUCAUUUCUAACAGUGAAGAUUUUGACCUUUGCCUAGUUACAUCAAAUUGAUGUCAUUGUGACAAAUUUCUGUCCUUUGGGCAUUCUCAUAAACCAAGCUGUCAAGUGGCUGAGCAACGAGAAAGUUCACUGUGAUUCGCACCCAUGAGGCUGUGAAAGAAAUAACUUAGCAUUUAGCAUUUAUGUUUUAGCCGCAGAGAGUGUAGUAUUUGCCAGCAAAUGCUGAAUGUAAUUGUUCGUUGGGUGAAUGAUCUGACUGUUAAGAUUGUAUCUCAACUAUAAUGAUGUACAAAACAUAGAAAUAAUAUAAAUAAUCAUAUGCUUUAAA